AGUCAGGGAUCAUUCAGCAGUAGUGCCUGCGCUGCUUAGCAUUGCCAUUCUCACAACAGAUCUGGGUUAAGAGGGCAGCAGGCCAUGCAUGAACACACAAAGAGACAAGGGGAGAUAAUGGUGCCCAGCUACGCUUAGGAACUGAAGAGCUAUAGCUGUCCAUGUUUUCACUGCCAGACAGCCUCUGUCUUUGCUAGCAGAGAGCAGUGUGGACUCGUCUUUGCUUCACUAAUAAGUUCCAGGAUUUGUUUGAAAUUCAUCUCUAGUCUUUUUUUUUUCAAACAUGGGGUGCUCCUCAUCCAGUGCACAGACGGUUGAUCAAGAGAAAAGACCAGGUACCAAACCAGAGGAGAGCAAUGGAGAUACAGUGGCAGUCAGAAACGGCAUCAUCGCAGAAGAUGCACAAACCAUUGAGGACCAGAUGCAGCUGCCUGUGCAGACUGCCUUACCUGACGAUCUUCAGCCGGGAGCAGAUGACGAGGCGGAGGCCGUGCUAGUAGCCCUGGAAGCCCAGGAGGAUCUUGGCUCUGGGGAGGAUCUCUUGGCGGCUCCUGAGCCUCAGGCAGAGCCUGUCGCCCCCGCAGAGCCAGCUCAAGAGGUUGCUGCUGCUCCUGCUGAAGCUGCCACUGAACCUGAGACUGCUGUAGCAGUGGAGGAGUCACUACCCCCUGUGGAGGAAGCUGCCCCCGCAGAAACUGUCGUGGCUGAGGCCGCUCCUGAGGUCAAAGCUGUUGCUGAGGCUGCAGAGGAAGCCCCAGCUGCUGGAUCUGUUGUGCAGGCAGAGAUCCCUGCUGUUGCUGAGGAGGUGAGUGCUGUGCCAGCUGAGGCCCCUCCUGAAGUUGCUGCCGCUGUUGAACCUGUUGUAUCUGAGCCAGCUGAGGCCCCUGUAGUUGUGGAAGAGGCAGCAGCUGUAGUGGCUGAGGCCCCUGCUGAAGUGGCUGCUCCUGUGGAGGCAGAGGCUCCAACUGACAAUGCUGCACCAGUUACUGCUUCAGCAGCACCACCCGAAUCCUCAGAACCAGGUGAAGCACCAGCAGCAGGUGACACUGGGGCCCCAGGUGAAGUUGUUGUGUCAGAUGAGGCUUCGGCACCACCUGAAUCCUCAGCACCUGUACAGGCAGCAGAGCUUCUAAUAGAUACAGAGAUUGCUGUAGCAACUAUUCCAGAGAUGCCUCCAUUGUCUGCAGUUGAGGCCCAAGCUGAACCUCAGCCUGCUGUUGAGGAGGCAGCCGUACCUCCUGCGGCCCCUGCUGUGACUGCCCCACCAGCAGAGGCACCCGGCCCCGCAGAAGCCACCUCUGCUCCAGCUCCAGAAGCUGAAUCUGCUGCUCCCGAGCCGGCCCAGGAGACAGAGGUUCCAGCAUCAACACCGGCGGUUUCAGAAACCUCCUCAGCAGCCCCAGAAGCUCCAGCAGCAACUGUGACCCAAGAGCCUGCAGCGGACAGUGCAGCCAUGGCAGGGACUCCCGUGGUUGAGUCCACCCCAGCAGACUCAGCACCGGCCCCUGAGCCCUCACCUGAAGUGGUGUCUACAGCUGUGGCCUCUCAGGAUGCAGAGGGUGAGAAAGCCAAAAAGGAGGACUGAGUUGAGAGAAGAGAUUGACCAAAAUAACAAAAACUCCAAAGCUACCAUCGAAAGGCAACUGGAAGGAAAACAAGACGAAGCAACAAGCAUCCCAUUUUCAGUAUUUUCUCAUUAGCGCUCACCAAACUGUACUCCAGAUACAUUAAUAUGCAUGGUGCCUUAAUAACAAAUUGUUCAGGAGACAUCAGGAGUUUUCCCUCAUUUGUAAAUAUAGACUAAGUUUUUCUACUGAGACCUUAUGUGCCUGGAGCCACAUAUGCUACAUACAAGCCUAUGCAAAGAAAAUGGUCUAAAAAAAAUAUUUAGGAUAGGUUGGAUGAGAGAAGAGGGUGCAAUAUCCUGUGAAAUCUGUGAACUCUUGUGACAGUGUGAUGAAUUAGGGAAGGAUGCUUGGUAAGGAAAUCCCUGACUGUUUAAAGUAGCUGCUUCUGAGGAAUAAAAGCCAAACACAACUGUGAAUAAAAUUAUGCAAAGAAUUUGACCUGAUGUAAACGCCAAUCUGGGUGAAUGUACCACACACUGGCCAAGUUUACACUGCUAGCUAAUUGCAACUUUUAUCACCUGCAUGAAACAGAUUUUUAAGGCUAACAUUAAUUUUUGGGGCAGAAAUCCACAUUUUUGUUCGGUGUUUACGGAUUAUUUCAUUGCAACCUUUCUAAUGAGGUUCAUGUAAUUAAUAGGAAAGAGUACUAAAUGUUGAGUAACAGAGUGUCCAGUAUGAUACUGAUAAGCACUACUGCAAGUCAACUUUAUUGGUUUCCAUGGAAAAAAAAGGAUAAAAUAUGUGCUUUUGUUUUGUGUAAGGAAGAAAAAAAUGCACAAAGUUGAUAUGUAAAAGAUUAAAUGAGUCAGGUCGCCAGGUUGAGGAUGCAGAUGAUCCCAGCGCUGAUAUGUCAUCUUGCUGUUCUGAUUCCAUUUUGUGCAGCUGUACUGUAGCUGGGUGUGUGUAUGUGUGUGUGCGUGCGUGCGUGCGUGCGUGUGAGUGAGAGAGAGAGAGAGAGAUUAUCUUCCUGAAAACAAAGACAUGUCCAACUAUGACUUUAAAGGCAUCAUAAGGCCUGGCAGCGCUGAUGUCACAUUGGUUUGGGUUUGAGUGCAUUGCAUACUUGUGUAGCACUGUAAGAGAUCACCUUGUAGACCUGAUUUUUAAAAUAUCAUUAGUUCUACAUGCUGUGCUAAAAAAGUGUCAAGUUCUUAGAGAAUGAUUUCAACUGUGUCAGAUGUGAUGGACAUUGUGGGAACAAAAAUUUGUGUUGAUGUUUCUCUGUAAUAUAUUCAUUUCUGAGCUUUGCCUGUGAUUCUGCUAACCUAGUGUACAGAAUAAAGUUU